AUGCGAUUUGCGAAUGCUGCUGGGAUCAGUUUCUCAGACUUACAUAAAAAAGUAGUUCUUCAAGCAAAUUUCCCAUGUUCUAUAUAUGCCAGUGAUGUGAAGCCAAAUUUUGGAUUUAAAGCAAAUCUGGCAUUGCUGAAAAUGAGUUGCUCAAAACUGAAGCACUGGGCGAAAGUGAUCUAUGAGGAAACGAAGACUGUAGCAGAUAAUGAUGUUCUAAUGAUUGUGCGAUUGCUACACGAUGAAAUGAUCGAAAAUGAGAAGAAAUCACCUCGAGAAACGCAGUGGUUAUGGAAAGAGGAUACUGCGUUACUCCACACUUUGCUCAACAGUGAUUAG